AUGGCCGCGGCAGUCACUCGCCGAGCCAACGCCCUCCGCGUCGAGGCCCCGGACGGCAACGCCGAGAGCGGGCGCGCCAGCCUAGCAGCAGACUCCCCCGCCGCCAAGCGGGCUGCCGACGCCAAGGACGACGUGUGGGUGGCCGCGGACGAGGGAGACACGUCGGGAGCCAUCGCCGGCGACGGCAACCGACCGCCGCUGUUCCGGACCUUCAAGGUCAAGGGAAGCAUCCUGCAUCCUUACAGGUUCAUGAUCCUCGUCCGCUUGGUCGCCAUCGUCGCUUUCUUCGCGUGGCGCGUGAAGCACAAGAACCAUGACGGCGUGUGGCUGUGGGCCACGUCCAUGGUCGCCGACGUCUGGUUCGGCUUCUCGUGGCUCCUCAACCAGCUGCCCAAGCUCAACCCCGUCAAGCGCGUCCCCGACCUGGCCGCCCUCGCGGACCACUCCGGCGACGCCAACCUGCCGGGCAUCGACAUCUUCGUCACCACCGUCGACCCCGUCGAUGAACCCCUCUUGUACACCGUCAACACCAUCCUCUCCAUCCUCGCCACCGACUACCCCGUCGACAAGUACGCCUGCUACCUCUCGGACGACGGCGGCACGCUGGUGCACUACGAGGCGAUGAUCGAAGUUGCCAAUUUCGCUGUGCUGUGGGUUCCUUUUUGUCGGAAGUACUGUGUAGAGCCAAGAUCCCCCGAGAACUAUUUUGGGAUGAAAACGCAGCAGUACGCCGGGAGUAUGGCCGGAGAGUUCAUGAGGGAUCAUAGGCGUGUGCGCAGAGAGUAUGAUGAGUUCAAGGUGAGGGUAGACUCCCUUUCCACCACCAUCCGCCAACGAUCUGAUGCGUAUAACUCGAGCAAAAAGGGAGAUGGUGUACGUGCAACCUGGAUGGCUGAUGGGACACAAUGGCCUGGUACAUGGAUCGAGCAGGUUGACAACCACCGGAGAGGACAACAUGCUGGAAUUGUUCAGGUGAUACUAGGCCAUCCAAGUUGUAAACCACAACUGGGAUCGCCGGCGAGCGCCGACAAUCCACUCGACUUCAGCAACGUUGACACGAGGCUCCCCAUGCUCGUAUACAUGUCCCGGGAGAAGCGACCCGGUUAUAACCACCAAAAGAAGGCAGGCGCCAUGAACGUGAUGCUCCGUGUCUCGGCGUUGCUCUCCAACGCGCCCUUCGUCGUCAACUUUGACGGCGACCACUACAUCAACAACUCGCAAGCUCUCCAUGCCCCUAUGUGCUUCAUGCUCGACCCUCGCGACGGUCAGAACACGGCCUUUGUCCAGUUUCCUCAGCGCUUCGACGACGUCGACCCGACGGACCGCUACGCCAAUCACAACCGUGUCUUCUUCGACGGCACCAUGCUCUCCCUCAACGGCCUCCAAGGGCCUUCCUACCUUGGCACCGGCACCAUGUUCCGCCGUGUCGCGCUCUAUGGCAUGGAGCCACCACGUUACAGAGCGGAGAACAUCAAGCUUGCAGGUAAGGUCAAUGAGUUCGGUAGCUCGACGUCGUUCAUAAACUCGAUGCCGGAUGGGGCAAUCCAGGAGCGGUCUAUCACGCCGGUGUUGGUCGACGAGGCACUCAGCAAUGACCUGGCUACCCUGAUGACGUGCGCCUACGAGGAUGGAAGUUCAUGGGGGAGAGACGUCGGGUGGGUGUACAACAUCGCGACGGAGGACGUGGUGACCGGAUUCCGCAUGCACCGGCAAGGGUGGCGCUCCAUGUAUUGCUCCAUGGAGCCGGCCGCCUUCCGCGGAACGGCUCCGAUUAACCUCACCGAGCGCCUCUACCAGGUGCUCCGGUGGUCGGGCGGCUCCCUCGAGAUGUUCUUCUCCCACAGCAAUGCUCUCAUGGCCGGUCGCCGGCUCCACCCUCUCCAGCGCAUCGCCUACCUCAACAUGUCGACCUACCCGAUCGUCACGGUGUUCAUCCUGGCCUACAACCUCUUCCCCGUCCUCUGGCUCUUCUCAGAGCAGUUCUACAUCCAGAGGCCGUUCGGCACGUACAUCAUGUACCUCGUCGCCGUCAUAUCCAUCAUUCACGUGAUCGGCAUGUUCGAGGUGAAAUGGGCGGGGAUCACGCUGCUCGACUGGUGCCGCAACGAGCAGUUCUACAUGAUCGGGGCCACGGGCGUGUACCCGACGGCGGUGCUUUACAUGGCGCUCAAGCUCGUCACCGGGAAGGGGAUAUACUUCAGGCUCACGUCCAAGCAGACGGACGCCUGCUCCAAUGACAAGUUCGCCGACCUGUACACCGUGCGGUGGGUGCCGCUGCUGCUCCCGACCAUCGUGGUGCUCGUCGUGAACGUCGCGGCCGUCGGGGCAGCGAUAGGCAAGGCGGCGGCAUGGGGGUUCUUCACGGACCAGGCGCGGCACGUGCUGCUCGGGAUGCUGUUCAACGUGUGGAUCAUCGUGCUCCUCUACCCGUUUGCGCUCGGGAUCAUGGGGAAAUGGGGGAAGAGGCCCGUCAUCCUGUUCGUCAUGUUGGUCAUGGCCAUUGGCGCCGUCGCGCUCGUGUAUGUCACCUUCCAUGCUCCGUACCCAGCUGAUUUUUCAGAAGCUGCAGCUUCUCUUGGUGAAGCAUCGCUUGUGCUCUCUUCGUGUAAGAACAACUCUAGCAAACUUGAGACCAUCAGUAUAAUUGUCGGAAUUAAGGUGAACGAUGACAUUGGCCACUACUUCCAGACGCAUAAGGGGUUGAGACAAGGGGAUUCCAUGUCACCUCUUCUGUUCAAUAUUGUAGCAGAUAUGUUGGCCGUAAUUAUUGGCAGGGCCAAGCAGAAUGGUCAUGUAGAGGGUCUAGUUCCUCAUCUAGUUGAUGGAGGGGUGUCCAUUCUACAAUAUGCCGAUGACACUAUUCUGUUCAUGAAACAUGACAUGGCUAAGGCACGUAACAUGAAACUUAUCUUGUGUCUAUUCGAACAAUUGUCUGGCUUAAACAUCAAUUUUCAUAAGAGCGAGGUGCCUUACCUUUCAGUUACUUGGGCAUUCCGAUUCAUCACCUCUGAUGAGGCCAAGAGGAAAUACCGUCUCGCGCGAUGGGAUAUCCUUUGUCGACCUAAAGACCAAGGGGGGCUCGGUGUUGAGAACUUGGAAAUUAAGAAUAAAUGUCUUAUGAGCAAAUGGUUGUAUAGGUUAGAGACAGAGCCGGAUGGCAUGUGGUCUCAAAUCCCGCACAAUAAGUAUUUGCAUUUGAAAACGCUAGCCCAGGUUACCAUCAGACCGACUGAUUCGCCGUUGUGGAAGGGACUUAUGAGAACGAAGGAUAUGUUCUUUCGUAGGGUCAAAUUCUUGGUUGGCAACAGGAUGUCAACAAGAUUUUGGGAGGAUACGUGGUUAGGAGAGACGCCUCUGGCCUUACAAUAUCCCACCCUCUACAAUAUUGUGCAACGUAAGGAGGAUUACGUAGGUAUCGUCCUUCAAACUAUUCCCUUGAACGUCCAGUUCAGACGUUAUUUACUGUUGUACGCACUGACUUCGUAUGUGGUCUACUCUGCACCGAACGGAGUACCAAUCGCUGCUCAAGGCGGUGUGUAUGCGGUUGGAGCGGGUGGCCAGGGAGGUUUUUACCCAACAUGGGUGGCAACAUAA